GGGACUCCCGGUUGGAAUUUUGUCCUUCCCGAGCUCCGCCCGCGCUGGAUCCUCCCCCGGGCCCGCCCGCCCCUUCAGAACCCUCUCGGCUCCACAAAAUCCCCUCUCCGGGCACCCGAACUUCCCGUUCCCAACCUCUCCAACAUGGCAAAAUGUGGAGCCUGUGGCCCAGGAUAUCCAAGUCCUCUGGAUGCCAUGAAAGGUCCCCGGGAGGAGCUGCUCUACCUGCCCUGCAUCUACAGGAACACGGGCAUCCAAAAACCUGACUACCUGGCCACGGUGGAUGUGGACCCCAAAUCCCCCCACUACUGCCAGGUACCUGCUGGGGGGGGAAUAUUUGGAUUCCCAAAUUCCUGGACAGGCAGAUUUUUGUGUGGGAAAGCCACAAAAACCUCUGCUUUAAAUUUUCUUACCCCAAAAUUAACAUUUCUCCUUUUUCUCGAGGCUCUUCCGGGGCGUUUUUAAUAUUUCUCUUUUUUU